AUGUUUCGAUUUGGCCCAAAUUUGAAUUUUAGUCUUUCCUCUCGUGUUUUGAACAACACAUUCAACAGAAAUCCCAACCCCAGCUUUUCUCGGUUCGAUUCCCAGUUUCGUUUUUAUGCAACCUACAAAAGAUUUAAUAAUCAAAAGAACUCAACGGGUUUCUCGUUAGAGUUUUUCAAAGAUCCAAAAAUUCAAAAAAGGAUACUUGUUGGAGGAGCAUUAUUUGCAGCAUUUUACGUUUACAACUUGGAUCAGGCACCAAUUUCAAAUAGGAGAAGAUGUAUUUGGAUCCCAAAAUUUGUUGAGUUGAAGCUUGCUGAUAUCACCUACAGACAGAUCUUGCAUUUAUAUGAUGGCAAGUUUUUGCCUGAUAAUCAUCCGUACACCAGAAAAAUUGAGUCUAUCAUGAAGAAAAUCAUAAAGGGUAUUGUACGGGAUGAAAAUGGGGAGGCAAAAGAAAUUGAUUGGAAGGUCCAUGUAAUUCAUGAUCCCAAUGUCCCACCAAAUGCGUUUGUUUUGCCAGGAGGCAAGAUUUUUGUAUUUACAACGAUAUUUCCAAUUGCAAAAAAUGACGAUGGGUUGGCAACUAUUUUAAGCCAUGAAACAGCUCAUCAACUAGCUAGACAUACGUCUGAGAAUCUUUCUAAGAAGCCAUUAUAUUCAUUACUUGGGAUAAUACUAUAUACUAUAACAGGUUCAUCCUUUAUUAAUGACUUGUUUUUAAAAUCUAUUUUUCUAAUGCCAGCAUCAAGGGAAAUGGAGACAGAAGCAGAUUAUAUCGGGUUAAUGAUAAUGUCAGAAGGAUGUUUUAAAAUUGACGAAGCACUUAAAUUUUGGAAACGAUUUAAAGAGUUUGAAGAUAGAAGUGGCGUUCGAAGUUUUGAGUUUCUAGAAACACAUCCAGCGAGUGAAACAAGAUAUGGAAAUAUAGAGAGAUGGUUACCAGAAGCAAGAGAGAGACAAGAAAGUGUGGGAUGUUAUUCAAAUCAAUUUUUAAAUUUUUCAUCCUUUAAUCAUGGAUUUGAUUCAUUUUUUUAG